AAAAUACCGGUCUUGUGAAUUAACCAUAGACAAAAAUUUGUGAGCUGAAUCUUUCAUAUACCAACCGCGAAUUUCCUCAAUUGUUAUAAUUAAUCAAGUGAAACAACGAAAAUUAAAUUCAUUUUUGACGUUUACUUAUUUUUUCAAACAAACUCCAAUUGAAUCGUAACCUCAAAAUAUUUCAAGAAUAAUAAAAAACAAAAGUACCGCGUUAAAACGUUACUCGACAUUUUCACGAGAAUAUUCUUUCCGAUCUCAUAAGCUUCGUGUAAAUUUAAUUGACACAAAAAAACAUAACUACUUCAUCGAAAAUGACUGGAAUUUCAGCGGGUGGUGAUGCAAGGAGUGCUCAUGGACAAGCUUAUAAGGAUAAAAGUAAACCUGCUGAUAUUCGUAGCAGUAAUAUCAACGCUGCGAAAGCUGUAAGCGAUGCCAUCCGCACUAGUCUGGGUCCUCGUGGAAUGGAUAAGAUGAUUCAAGCGGGCAAUGGUGAAGUGACAAUUACAAAUGACGGAGCUACUAUCUUGAAAGAAAUGAACGUUAUUCAUCCUGCUGCUAAGAUGCUUGUUGAAUUAUCCAAAGCUCAAGACAUUGAAGCAGGUGAUGGAACUACAAGUGUUGUUGUAAUUGCUGGUUCCAUAUUAGAAGCUGCAGAACGUUUAUUACAAAAGGGAAUUCAUCCUACACUUAUAAGCGAUUCUUUUCAAAAGGCUGCUUCUAAAUCAGUCGAAAUACUUACAAAUAUGUCUAUACCGGUUGAUCUAGCAGAUAAAGAGAUGCUUGUUAAAGCUGCUGCUACAUCUCUUAAUUCUAAGGUUGUAUUUCAACAAUCAAGUUUAUUGGCACCGUUAGCAGUGAAUGCAGUAUUAAAAGUUACAGAACCAGGAAACGAACAGGCUGUUGACUUAAAUGAUAUCAAAGUUAUUAAGAAAUUAGGUGGUACUGUUGAAGAUACAGAAUUGAUCGAAGGAUUGAUAUUUACACAAAAAUCGUGUAAUGUAAAUGGUCCGAAACGUAUUGAGAAGGCUAGGAUUGGUUUGAUUCAAUUUUGUAUCUCUCCACCUAAAACAGAUAUGGAUCACAAUGUUAUUGUGUCAGAUUAUUCUGCAAUGGACAGAGUUUUGAAGGAAGAACGUGCUUAUAUAUUGAAUAUCAUUAAACAAAUUAAAAAAUCUGGAUGCAAUGUAUUAUUGGUACAGAAAUCUAUUUUACGUGAUGCAAUUAGCGAUCUUGCUAUUCAUUUCUUAGAUAAACUCAAAGUUAUGGUAAUCAAAGAUAUCGAACGUGAGGAUAUUCCGUUUGUAUGUAAAACUUUGGGAUGCAGGCCAAUCGCAUCUUUGGAUCAUUUUGUUGCUGAGAAUCUUGUUAAUGCAGAAUUGUGCGAAGAAGUACAAACAGGAAAUUCUAAGUUUGUUAAGAUCACUGGUAUUCAAAAUUACGGUCGUACUGUUACUGUACUGGUACGUGGAAGUAACAAGUUGGUUUUGGAAGAAGCUGAGCGUUCUUUACACGAUGCAUUAUGUGUUAUUCGUUGUUUAGUCAAACAGAAAGCAAUGAUUGCUGGAGGUGGGGCACCUGAAAUUGAACUUGCAUUGAAAUUAGGAGCAUAUGCUCAAACGUUAAGUGGAGUUGAUGCAUAUUGCAUUCGAGCUUUUGCAAAUGCACUGGAAAUAAUUCCAUCAACGUUAGCAGAAAAUGCAGGUUUAAAUUCAAUCGCGACUGUUACUGAAUUACGAAAUAAACACGCUCAAGGUGAAAUAACAACUGGAAUCAAUGUUCGUAAAGGAGCUAUUACAAAUAUUUUAGAAGAGAACGUACUUCAGCCGCUUUUAGUUUCAACCAGUGCUAUUACUCUUGCUUCUGAAACUGUACGCAGUAUACUCAAGAUAGACGAUAUUGUUAAUACAAAUCAAUAAGUCACUUUAAAAAAAAAAAAUAUCAACUGAUAAUACAUUUAAAUAACAUGAUUUUUACGCUUUCAUUACAAUUGUAUUAUUUAUACGAAGUUGUUCCGCUGGGCUAAUUAUCAUAAAAACCUUUAGUUGCAUUAAUGUUUUGAAUAGCCUUUUGUACUAUUCAAUGAUUUUAUAACAGAAACUUAAAUUAAUAAAUAAAUUCUUGAUAACAUUUGAAAAACUCAUUUUUCUAGCUAUAGUCUCUUUCUGUAACGAUAGGACAUACAAAUAUAUUUAUAAUGAUUA